AUGGAGACCACACCACUACUGCAGCGCAAUAAUGAACCACUAUCACCAUCUUCACCUGCAUUACCACUGUUGGAACAAGAAGACUACCUGCCUGGAGCUUCUAAGACCUUCAAAGGCUUCAAGUCUUUGUUUUGGAAAGAGAUUGUCAAGUUAUGGAAUAUUGCUGGUCCUAUUGCCCUCACUCUCAUCUGGCAGUAUGGUACAAAAUAG